GAUGCACCAGAUUCAUUAUUAUUCAAUGUUAGAGCUAACUCUCAUCAAUGAGAAUCAGCAACACAUUUUUUGAUGCGUUGAAUCUUUGACGAAAAAAAAAAUUUGAAUUUGAAAAUUUCCUUUUUGUUCAAUUUCACGAUCGACUUUUGAAUUUUUCAUCAUAUUUUUACUGUUUGAACUUUUCCAAAAAAAACCGGAAAUAAUUUUUCUUCUUCUCUCUCUCUUUUCAAAGUGAAAUUUCUGAUCUUUCUUUUCCUCAGUCUUUGUGUGUUGGUGUGUGAGUAAUCAAAAAAAAAAAUUUCUAAAAAAAUGAAAUUCUCAAAUCAAGAAUCAAAAAUAAUGGCCACUUAUUUAAUGGCUUCAAUUUUGGCCAUCAUGGCUAUGGUGAUAAUGGCCAAUCCAAUCUCUCAAGAUAAUAAUAAUAAUGGUGUUGGUGGUGGCGAUAAUAUGGUUGUACCAUUGGAUUCGAAUUCAUUGAAAUCAAUAUUGCUAUAUAAUCGUCUACAACAAUUAAUUGAAAAUGAACCGGAAAUGUUGGAUCUAUUCGAUAUGGAUCGUAAUCAUCUAUCUCGUGUUAUUGAUGAAUUAUUAUUAUCACAAUCAAAUCAGAUUCGUGUACGAAAAUUUCUUAAUGUUAAAAGUAAUAAACGUGCAGCCGCCAUGGGUGUUGAUCUACCCGAUUAUAUUCUUCAUAUAAAUAAGGGAAAAAAUUUUGAUUUUUCAUCAUUUCGUGAAAAGAUGCAAAAAUCUGGUUAAAAAACACUGACUUUAGAUCAAUCGAUUCCCUGGAUUCAAUUAAUCGAUUCAUCCAAGACAUUCACACACACACUCACUUACACAAACACCUUUUUUGUUCCAAAUACAUUCCACAAGUGUUUUUUUUCAUUUUUGAUUCAUUUCACCCCUUGAUUGUUCUCAUACACUUUGUCCACAUAUAAGAUUUGAUAUUUUUUUCUGGAAUUUAAUUUGUGAUUCUUAUUAUUCUGUUUAUUUAAACAAUUUCUGUUUAUGAGGCUAUGCACUAUGAUAUAGAAAAACAAACAAACAAACGAAAAAAAAAUCAAUGCAAUAGCCACAGAUAACAUAAACAAACAAAAAGAUCAAAUAUUGAGAUUUACAGAGAAAAAACCAAGAGAAAAAAAAUGAUUCUGUAAUAAACCACCGAAUCUGACUUUGAUAGUA